AUGGAUCUGAACAAGCUGUGCAAAAUGAAUCUGAAUCAGAGUGCCGUGCCCGUCAAGGACGAGCCCUGCCUGCGCUGCCGCUGCCGCCGCGGCGCGCCCGUCUGCCGGCUGCGCGUGUGCGCCCCGCUGCCCGACCCGCCGCCGCCGGGCUGCGUGCUGCUGCACCGCGCCCACGCCUGCUGCCCCGAGCUGCACUGCCCCGAGAUAGGCGUCGUGGACAACCGGCUGGAGGCGCGGCACGGCCAGAGCACGCGCUACCGGUCCGACGCGCCCAACAAAGAGUUCAUCGCCGUCCCGCGAGUGCGAGAGAGAGAACACUUGUCCUGUGCCGCAGGCUGCUACCUCAACGGGUCGCUGUUCGCGGAGGGCUCGGCGCUGUCGUCGUCCACGCUGUGCGACUACUGCUACUGCGUGCGCGGCCAGCAACGCUGCGUGCGACCGCAGUGCGUGCUGCCCGCCCCCGGGUGCACGCCGGAGUACCGCGACCACACGUGCUGCCCCACGAGCUACCAGUGCGGCGCCACGGCCAGCAACGCCAGCAGCAGCACGCCGCCGCCGCGCCGCCCCGCGGGCUGCACCGUGGACGGCAAGCGCUACCGCGACGGCGCGCAGGUCAAGUCCGUGGCGCGCGGCCGCUGCGAGACCUGCUUCUGCAUGCGCGGCCGCGUCCGCUGCGCCCCCCUCAAGUGCGACCUGCCCCUGGACGGCUGCGAGCCCGUCACCGCGCCCGGCAGGUGCUGCCCGGUGUCCUACGACUGCAGCAAGUCAAGAGUGAGCAUCACAAAAACAGUGACGGCAGCUACAGGAUACAAAACAAAGGGUUCCAUUGGCCGUCCUUCAAAUGGAGAAAAUUCUGUGCGAUCCAUCAGCUUUGAUGCACGGAGUAAUCGAGAGAUAUCAACUAAAGAUACAGGCAAGGUAAAAAAUGAGAUGGAAGGUUCUGAGCAAAAUGUUGUACUAACAACACAGCCACCAUUACCAGAUGAAAGUCCUACCACACUGAUGACUGGGAUUGCAGACAAUAUUGCAAUUACACUAAAUACUAAACUUGAUCUUGGAGACAAUCUGGAUUUACUGAAGAUAAAAAAUAACACAGUUUUCCCAGAGAAAAAUAAAAUAUUGCCAGUGAUAGAGGCGAUAAUUAAUAAGACUCGGCAGAAGGAUCAAGAUUAUGACUAUGACUACAAUGAACCUUCAUUACCUCCAUCAUUGCCAAAUUUGAGAAUUAUCCCUUUCGUGGCAGCAGACGCAGUAGUUCAGGAGGAAAAAACCUCAUCGGAUGGAGGCCAGAUUCUGCCUGAAUCAUCAAAUGUCGCCUCAUCAAAAGAAUCUCAGGAUAAAAUUGACAACUUUUACUUCUUUUCACCACCAACAGAAACAGAAGGAGGAUUCGUCCCACGAGAACCAGUGAUCGAUGGGCCAUUUUAUCAGCACAAACCUGAUGCCCCCAAAAAAGAAGCUGGACAAAAGGUUACUCCUGUCAAGGCUCAAACGCCAGAAGUCACAAUCAGGACUGUUGUUCCCGAUGCUGUAACACCAGACCCUUUGCUUGGAAAUGGAGGAAGUGCCGCCUGCACGUCGGGGGGACGCCGGUACCGCCACGGCGAGCUGCUCACCGGGAUGGGGGCGUGCCGCAUGUGCUUCUGCUUCGACGGCGGCGUGGUGUGCCAGGAGCCGUCGUGCGGCGUCGUGCCGCCCGGGUGCAGCCGGAGUCCGUCCAGGGACCCCGAGCGCUGCUGCGGCAGCAUCACUUGCGAAGGCGAGGAGACCCGAGACAGGCCGCUGUUGUUCGCCGACGUCCCGGACAACGUCCCGGACAACGAGCCGCACCGCGUGCAUUCCAAAGUACCCGAGCGGCCGCCGGGGAUCGAACCCGUGUCCGACCUGGUCCCUGGUUCUACCACGCCCCAGCCGACGAAGCGGCCUCUGCCGUCGAAGACGACCACCACGACGAGCACGACCGCCGCGCCGACAACCACCACAACGACGGUGGCGUCCAGCACCACCAAGGGCCAGCGGCGGAAAACCACGACGUCUACGACCACCAGCGCACCGGCCGCCAAAAGCACGGCCAAGCCGGCGCUGAAGACGAAGAGCACCACGCCAAAGCCAGGCUGGACGACGAAGAAGCCCGCCGCCUCCACCACCAAGGCGACGGUGCCGUCCUCGACCAAGUCCACCGUCACAACCUCGACGACAUCCACCGAGGCUCCGGCGACGACCCGGCCGACGACACCCAGGACCACGACGACGACCCCCAAGGCCACCACGACAUCCCCCAAGACCACGACGACGACCAAGGCCACGCCACCGGUCUCUACCCAGAAGCCUGCCGGACCCGCGCCGAACGCCACCACGACACAGGCCCCUAGCUCCACGCCCAGGACUGAAGUGACUUUGGCCUCGACAAGCAGCAGUGUAGCUACGACCAGGGCCCCUGUGCGGAAAGAAAGGCCGACCACCACGCCGACGUCCCUGUUCGACGCGCUCUGGGGCUCGGAGGACGAGUCGGAGAACGAGGCGCAGGACAAGGUGGACGAGGACGUGCAGUACCACGACUUCGUCUCCACCAACGAGCACGAGGCCGCGCCCGCCGCCCCCAAGCCCCCGGAGGAGGCGGAGGAGGACUCCUUCUCGUUCGACAAGUUCCUGGAGCUCUUCAUGCAGCCGGACACCACCACCUUGCCCACGCCUCAGAGGACUGCACCGCCGGUGGUGACGACAAGAAGGCCGCCGUCUUCCACCAAGCCGACGCCGACCAUUUUGAAAACCUCGGCCGCCACAAGCCCCACGUCAACCAACGCGCCGCCUACCACCACACCGUCAACCACUACAGCAGCGUCGCCCGCGACUACGGCGGCGUCUACCACCAAGCCGACCACCGCUAGAAGUCCUCCGUCCACAAGCAAGCCCUCGACGACGUCGACGACGACGCCAGCCACGCCGAAGCAGUCGUCCACCGCGAAGCCGGUACCGCCGCCCGCAAAAGUCAAUGCUACUUCCACGACGCCAGCGUCGGUGCGGACGACCCAGAAGGACACCAAGCCGCCGACCACCAAGCCCCCCGCGGCGCCCGCGAAGAAGGCGCCGACAACGCCGAAGCCAAAGCCCAGCCCGACGGCGAAGCCGGUCACCACGAGCAAGCCGCCGACGACCAAGCCGUCAGUGACCAAGGCGUCCACGACGACCGCUCGGCCAACUAGCACCACGACGAAGAGGGCCAGCACCACAGCGCGGACCACCACGCCGUCCACGACGAUGUCCUCGACGCUGUCCACGCCAACGUCCUCGACGUCGACCACCACCACCACCACGUCCACGACGACGACCCCGGCGCCCCUCGCCACGAUGCGACCCUCACUGCUGUUCGGCGGCACCAAGUUCAGGCCAAGCUUCCUGCAGGACGCCCUGGCUGCCCUCGGCGGCGGCGGCGGCAGCAGCAGCUACCCCGCGCAGCAGCACCACAUGACCGCGCCCGGCCUGUCCGGCCUGCUCAAGCUGGCCGGCUGCAACAUCUACGGCCGCAUGUACCGCGUGGGCAAGAUCAUCCAGGAGCUGUCGGGGCCGUGCCUGGAGUGCCGCUGCACCGAGGUGGGCGUGCAGUGCCAGCAGCUCGGCUGCUGAGGCCGACGGGACACGCCCGUCUUUCGGACUGAAACGUGAGGAAUCAGCGCGCGGACACGGAAGCAUGAACCGCCCACUCGCCAACUCGCGCCCCUGGUCGACGAACGCCACGAAGUUGGGUUGCCUGUCUCUCUUACAACGUCGCUUUGCACUGUCGCUUUCGUGGACGUCCUCUACCGGCGGCACGGAGUGGGCGGGGGGCCGCCAUGUUUACAAUAGAGUACAAAGGGUGCUGCCUCCAGAGCCAGCCGCCGCGCCGCGUUCGUGCGGCUCUUGGUUGCUGCAUGAUCGAUUCAUCGAUUCAUUGAUUGGCUGGUUGAUUGGGUGUGAGUGGGUGCUUCCAGCUUUCCAGCUGCUGUAGUAGGUUGUAAGAUGAUCUCAAAGCGUGUGGGGGUGGGGGCCGCCAGUGCAGGGGGAGUGCCUUCGACGCACUUCGACGCUCAGCUGAAAACCAAAAUGCUGCGGUAGAUAGACAUUAGUGUUUUAACAGCUUAGGUUUCUGUACACUCCGGAUUUAAACUGUCUCUUCUUUUCAAACUUGCUCUGAUCUCACGGCCGCAGAGAUGCCUGCCCUGUCGCUCGGUUCGCUCUGCUGCGAGCGCCGUGCAGCACAGGCCAGCCCGCAACGCUCGCGUGUCUUGCGGCGCUGCCUACCCUCGCAUUCGCAGGCGCUCGCGGAGCACUCCGGGCGAGAGUCUCCGUCUGCUCCCUGCCUCGCCGAAACUUGAAUGGAGAAAAUUUGCGGUCGAUGGCGAUCCAGGGUCGUCUCCGCGUCGUCCCGGCCAGCCGCACGCAGUCCGGCAUGACCCAGCUCGACUCGGCCCCCGCUGAACGUGUUAAUGUAAAACCUUUGUUUAGGUGCUCAGUGAUAAAUAGUGACUAGGAUUCGGGUUUCGGUAAUAUUUUGGCUGUGAAAUCGACUAGACACCUCUUUACUUUAAUUCUCGCAAUAUUACCUGAUCACACGACUGAUUUCCCCCGCGGGGAUACAGAGUAAUUUAAGAUUAAGAGGCAUUCGGUUUCACAGCCGGGGCUGAUUUGAUUUUAAUAAUUUUGUUGUAAGCCAUUGAAUUACACACUUUGACCAAAUGUGUACCAAAUGAGUUGCUGAUGUAUUCAUUUUAUAUUGAAUAGGCGUACCUUAUGAGUAAUAAAUACACAAUAGAUGCCAUUUGUACGCAAGUUCUGCGCAUUCCAGAGUAUAAUGACGGCUUGUUUGUCAGCCAAAGAAGCAUUAUAAACUGUGAAAUAAAUUUGUUUUCUUCGGAUGAGUUUUGAGAAUAAAUUUAAUGUACCCACAUGACUACACA